AUUGUAAAUAGUUACAGAUUGCAUUGAAAAUUAGAAAUAUUAUUAAAUUAAAAAGAGAGCAAUACAGUGCAUUCUUAAAUUGAAUUAAGCAUUCUUAACGUAGUACGAAGUAUAUGCCACGUAUAAGGGUAAGUUGAUUCGGAAGGUUGUUGGUGUUUACGUGUGAGUGUUUCCAAUUGUUUCAUCCAUUCGGUCACGUUUUUGUCUUUUUUGAAUUGAACUCACUUUUGUGGAGCCGGACCUCUUAAUGCUAAUAUCAGUGUCCUUUUCCCUAUUCCAUACUUCACAAUCUGUGUAACUUUGUCAAAAAGAUAAUCAUACUUAUUAAGGGAGUGUUUGAGAAAAGUGAUUAAUAGUAAAAGUUGGUAGUGUUUGUAUUGGUCCUACCAAGGCCUCCCUUCCACUUUAUUAUUGACUUGCACCCCAUGUUUACUCCCACUUUGGCACUUCUCGUUUGAAUCUUUCCUAACCAAUAAUAUGGCCAUUUUGACUUAUGUGGAGUGACCCCUUUGAGCUGUCCUGUGCUGCCCUCCUUGUCUUUGCAUCACAUGUGAGUGUCCUUGUGUCUACCAGCCUAUUAUUUAGUAGCUUUGCUUCUCCCUUGUUGAAGUAGCCUGCGUGAAUCUUAGAGAGAGCAGUGCCCUUCUUCUUCUUCUCCAUUUCCUUUGUGUGAGAGUGUGAGAGAGAAUACCUUAGUGGUAGAGAAGAAGCUUGGAGUUGUGUUGUGGUCUAGCCUAGAGUGGUGUGUGAGAGUAUAACAAAAGGGUUGGAGACCUGAGCCGGAAAGAAAUCGACACCCAACAGUGGUAUCAGAGCCUAGGGUUGCUGUCGCCGUCGAUUUCGCCGGGUUCCGUCGUCUGGAACGUCUUCACCGCCGUCCGCCGCCGUACUCUGCCGUCAUCCGCCGCCGUACGCCGUCGUCCGAGGUGCUGGUCGCUGAUUGAAGACACUGGAGGUCUUCUCGCGACUCGUCCUCGCCAUCUUGUUCAUCGUUCGUCAAUUACAGAGCUCUUGGUUCGUUUGCCGGUGGAUCCAUCGACUGGUUGAGAUUCCUCACCGGAGGUUAGUCCUCCUCGUCGUCGCUAAUUGGAGUCGCGAUGUCCCUGGUGGUCUGCUCGCGAAACGCCCAGACCUGACCCACCGGAAAUCGCCGUCGAUUUCCGUUCGCUGGAGGUUGCAGACAGGUGAAGCUGUUCGCCUGGGGGGGUGAAGGAUUGAAGACGGGCUGAACCGUGGCAGAAGACAGGGAACGAACCUGCUGCUGAGCUUGGAUUUUUUUUGGACGCGAACCUGUGGCGCAGAAGCGAAGGACAGGGACGAAGCAGGGAGUCUGGGAGACUGGGACCGCUGCAGAAAUCAGAACACUUCCGCGGGGCUACUUGGCUGCUGGUUUGCUGGGCUUGGCUUUGGGCUGGAGCUUUUGGACAGCUGGAUUCUUAUUGGGCUGCUACACUGCUGGACUGCUUGAACCUGGAGCUGCUUGGAGCUGCUGGACCAGACUGUGGGACUGUGGAGCUGUUACUGGACUUGGGCUGGAGCUGGAACCAGUCAACCGUCAGUCAACGCCAGUCAAAGGCAGUCAACAAUCCAAAAAAUCCCAAUUUUUAAAUUGGGUGGGUAAGGUCGAAACGCCUCUCCUAGGGUUUCGCUCCGGUAUAUUGACUUUUAUCCCUUUUAUCGCUUUUGUAGUGAUUUAGUCUUUUAUUGUGUAGAAAUCUGUUUUAGGUUUAUUAUUGCUGUUAAAAUUGUUUGAAUUGUUGUAUUGUGUUGUGCUGAAAAUUUAUUAUUUAUUUGUGCUUAUACGGAAGAACAAGGGGUUUGAAGUUGAGUUUGGUGCUCAUUAAUACUCCCCGCGUGUUCGUGCUAGUUGCUCCGUAUAGUUGUAGCCUAUAAAUAUUUAAAUUGUUUUUCAGCAAAAUUUACAUUUUAUUUUGUUGCUUGUUUUUCUUUGUGAAAAUGUCUGCUUAUAAUCAGUAUGGUAUGGCUCCAUUUAAUGGAAAAUCUGAUUUUAGCAUUUGGAAGCAAAAAAUUAAAUGUAUUUUAAUACAACAAAAAUGUUUUAAAGCAGUUGGUGAAACCUAUUUAAUUUCUGACACGGAAGAGAAAAGGGCUGAAAUGAAUGAAAAUGCAUGUUCUGUGAUUUAUUUGAACUUAUCUGACUCUGUGAUUAGAAAAGUUGGAAUUUUAGAAAGUGCUAAAGUUCUUUGGAAUAAAUUGAAUGAACUGUAUACUGAGACCUCUUUGCCUAACCGGAUAUUUUUACUUGAAAAGUUCUUCAAAUUUAGACUAGAUAUGUCUAUAGAUAUUGAAGAAAAUUUAGGUGUUUUUACCAAACUUAUUUCGGAUAUUAAGUUGUGUGGUGAUAAGCAUAUAGAUGAUUAUUCCCCUAUUGCUCUUUUAAAUGCUAUUCCUGAUUCCUUUGGUGAUGUGAAAUCUGCUAUUAAGUAUGGUAGAGAUAAUGUGACUCUUGACAUUGUGGUAAAUGGUCUUAAGAGUAAGGAAUUAGAUUUAAAACAGAUGGGUGAGGGUAGAAAAUCUGAGGAGGUUAUGCAUGUGAGGGGUAGAGAAAAUAAUAGUAGACGACAUAGAUCUAAGUCUAGGUCUAAUUCGAGGCGUUGCUAUUAUUGUCACGAACCUGGUCAUUUCAUAAAAGACUGUCCUAAAUCUAGGAAAAAUGAGCAUAGUGAGCAUGCUAAUUUGACUACGUGUGUAGAUGAUUUAGGUGAUGUUUUUAUGAUGAAAAAUCUAUGUGAUUAUGACUAUUUGAGUUCUUUGAUAUCUGAUUCUUUGGGUAAAUCAGAUUGGGUGGUAGAUUCUGGUUGUAGUUUUCACAUGUCCCCUUUGAAAUAUGUUUUUUCAAACUAUAGAGAGAUUGAGCAUGGCUUUGUGUCUUUAGCAAAUGAGAAGAAAUGCAAUGUGCUAGGAAUAGGAGAUGUAUGCCUUAGGUUUUCUUCUGGUUAUGUGCUUACUUUGAAGAAUGUUAGGCAUGUUCCUGAGCUGUGUUGUAAUUUGCUAUCUUGUGCAUCUCUUGAAAAUGAUGGUUUGAAGGGAAAAUGGGGAAAGGGAAUCAUGAAAGUUGUGAAGGGUUGUUUAGUUGUUUUCAAAGCUGAGAUGAAAAACAACUUGUAUGUUUGUCAUGCUGAACCCGUAUUUGAUUCUGUGAAUUGUGUGCAACCCUGUGUGCUAGGAAAACAGUCUAGAGUUGGUUUUCCUGAUCUGCCUAAGUGUACUAAUGUGCUUGAUUGUAUUCAUGCUGACUUGUGGGGUCCUUAUAGUGUUUCCACUCAUGGUGGGAAAAAUUAUUUUCUGACGUUUAUUGAUGAUUUUUCAAAGAAAGUGUGGGUUUUGUUGAUUGAAAAUAAAUCUGAAGUUUUUGAUAAGUUUAAAAACUGGAAAAUCCUUGUUGAAAAACAAACCGGUAAGAAAAUUAAUUUUUUAAGGACCACUGUCAGUUUUGAUUUCUGUGAUGAUCAGCUUAGAGAUUUAUGUGAUACUUGGGGUAUUUCUAUGCAUAAAUCUGUUCCCUCCACACCCCAACCGGAUGGGGUUGCUGAGAGGAUGGUUAGAACUUUAUUAGAGAGGGUGAGGACUAUGUUAGCUUCAUCUGGGCUCUCUAAUAAAUUCUGGGGGGAAGCUAUUUGUUAUGCUGUUGAUUUGAUUAAUCUGUCCCCGUCUGUUCCCUUAGGAGGGAAAUGCCCUGAAUCUGUGUUCACGGGCAAACCACUUGACUUGCCAAAUUUGAGAGUGUUUGGUUGUGCUGCUUAUGUGAAUCGUGUGAAUGAUAAAUUUGAACCUAGGACUAAGGAAUAUGUUUUCUUAGGAUAUCAUGAUUGCAUGAAAGGUUAUAGGCUUUGGUGUAGGAGUGAAACUUGCUUCAAUGUGUUGAUGAGUAGAAAUGUCAUUUUUGUUGAAAAUGAAUUUCCUUGCCUGCUUGUUUCUCCUGAUGUUGCUCCAAAUGAGGUGGAGCAUUUGCCUGUUGAAGUUCAUUCCGAUUUACUUGUUGAAACUAAACCCAAAUUUGUGGAUGAAAAUGUUUUUCAUGGUGAAAAUAAAGAAAAUAAUAUUUCUAUUAAGGUGGAGCAUGAUAUGAAUGUUGUGUGCAAUAUGCUUGAGUUGCGUAAUUGCCCUGUUAUUAGAGAUAGAGACAUUAGGAAGCAUGUGAGAAAUAAUAUGUGCAAUGUGUUUGACUAUAUUUCCUCUGAGUUUGCUUUAAAUGUGCUUAAUUCUCUUUUAAUUAAAAUCUUUGUGAUAUUUGGUAUGCUAUUUUCUUUGUGUUUUGAAAAUGAGAUACCAAGUGAUUAUGUGAGCUCUACCUGUGCUAGUUAUAGAAAUAAUAUUCUUUCUUUUAUUUUCUGUGUACUUGCUUUGUGUGGUUGUUGGAUUAGUUGGGAUCCCCAACUUCUCCCGGAUGCUUGCUUGCGUGGGCUAUUAACAUACCUUGUGUUUGUUAAUAACAUUGUGAUGGUUUCGGUUUUGAACUCGAGGACCUUAUGGUAGAGUUAAGUCCUUUAUGGACUCGGUAAGCUUGGUGAUUUUACCCCGAGAGUACUUGUGUCUCUCUAUUACUUGUAUUGUCUUUGUGAUUAUACUUGUAAUGAUCCGGCAAUGAUGAGUCCGCGGUUCCGUGAUUGUCUAAGUGCACUACCUUGGGCCAAAGGUGGAGAUUGUUAAUAUAUUGUUGGCCCAAACGUUUUUUGUAUAUUAAUAAUGGUUAACACACUUUCUAGCAGCCCACUACACUGUACCCAUUUAUCUGUCUGGCCAAUCAGUAUUUUCUUCUCCCGUUAGAAUUCAAACGAGCUAGUGGCAAGUUGUGUGUGCAGUGUAUUAUUUGAGUGUCCUUGUGAGCCCUUCUAAUAAAGCCAAAUGCUUCCCUGUUAUAAGCACACACCCCUGCCCCUUUGUUCAGUGAGUGAAACACACAGAGAGUUUCCUCCUUCAUUUUCCUCUUGGUGAGUGAGAGUGUUUGUGAAGCCAUUAUCCUUCUUUGUGAGGUGAGAGUCCUUCUUGGAGAGGUGAGUGUGAGUGUUGGCGAGGCUAGUUAGGUGUGUUGCUCCCUUAGCCUAGGUGUGCACAAGAGACAACCGGAAAACCGAGCUCCGGACUGCCUGAGCCGGAAUACGGCGACGGAAUCGAUCCCCAACAGUUUGAGAAAAAAGUGAUUCUGAAAAAGGAAAAGUUAGUAAUGUUUGGUAAAAUAAGUACUUUUUGUGUAAUAGAAAAAGUGAGAAGCAGUUUAAAGCACCCUUCUACCUGCUACCAGCUUUUAGCCUUUAAGUGAUUAAUUUAAGCGGAAACUGUCAUUUGAAAACACUCUUUUUAACUUUUUUAAGCCAAAAGCUGAAAAGCGCUUUUUUUAAGCAACCCUAAACACUCCUUAAGGCUCGAGUCAUUAAGGAUGUUUUCUUUUGGAUUGUUUUCAGUCCCAGACCAGACCAGACUUAAACAGACCAGACCAGACCAGACCAGACUUAAACAGACCAGACCAGACCAGACUUCCGUAGUUAUAAAAUACACAGAGACCAGACGUUUACCAGACCAGUUCAGACCAGACCAGACCAGACCAGACUUAAACAGACCGGACCAGACCAGCAAAUUUCAGUCCAAAAGAAAACAUCCUAAGUCAUUAUUAUUCCAUUUAUUAUUUCAUUUGUCGGGAUUUUCCUAGUGUAUAUAUAUAUAUAUAUAUAUAUAUAUAUAUAGAUAUAUAUAUAUAUAUAUAACUUUUUAUUCCAUUUAGUAGUCAAAAAAUAAGAUAAUCAUACUUAUUAAACGAAAAUUAUUUAUGAAACAUCCGCCGCUCCGGGCAUAUUAUAUCGUGCAACCGGGGCACCAUGAGGAUGGUGCACCCGGUUGCAAAACGACGGAGUAUUGAUGAGGCCUGCUUUCUUUAUUUUUAUCCUUUGUUUUUAAAAAUAGUAAUAACUUUUUUAUUUUUGAUCCGAUUUUUAUAAAAUUUAUAUCAACAUUUUUUAUUUUUAUGAUCUUUCAAAUGAGACCAAUAUUGCUUAUGUAAUUUUAAGAAAUUAUCAAACUAUUAUAUUAAUGUGUAUUGGAUUAUAAGGAAAACUAAACUAAAUUUAAUACAGAAAAAUAAUUGUGUAAACCACAAUUUAUCUUAAAAUUGUGUAUAUAAAAAUUUAUUGUAUUAGGUAUGUAUACAUAUGAGUUACAUAUUUUUAUAUGUGAAGUUACAUAUUUUUACACGUAAAGUUACAUAUUUAUACACGCGAGUUACAUAUAUAUACACACGAGUUGCAUUUGACUUGCCUGAACGCGAGUUACAUAUAUUUACACGUAAAAUUACAUAUUUUUACACGUAAAGUUACAUAUUUAUACACGCGAGUUACAUAUUUAUACACACAAGUUGCAUUUGACCUAUCUGAACGCAAGUUACAUAUUUUUUUUAAGUAAAGUUACAUAUUUUUACACGUAGAGUUACAUACUUAUACACACGAGUUGCAUUUGGCCUGACAGAACGUGAGUUACAUAUUUUAACACGUAAAGUUACAUAUUUUUACACGCAAAUGUUAAUAUGUUAAAAUUACAUAGGCAAUAUUGGUCUCAUUUGAAAGAUCAUGAAAAAUAAAAAAAAUUGAUAUAGAUUUUAUAAAAAUCGGAUCAAAAAUAAAAAAAUUAUUAACAUUUUUAAAAAAAGGGGAAAUAAAAAAUAACAAAACCAAAAUAUACGAACUGCUUCUUCACUCUGCCAGGUAUACCAUGCGCACCGUGGGACGGUUGCAUGGUAUACGAACUGGCCGCUCCGUGCUUUUUUCUCUCAACCAUCUUCGGCGUAUGUACAUGCGCUCCCCAUACUCCAUACAUGUGAUCCAAACAUCUGAUGUGUCUAGCAAUUUUUGGACUGCGAUCGUCUCUCGCUUCUCUCUAGGGCUUCGGCCGCUUGGAGUCUUUUUCCGUCUUCGAUUUUAAUUGAAGGACGGCCGCUUUUUCCGUCUUCAAUUUCAAUCGAAGGACGACUGCUAUUUCCGUCUUCGAUUUUAAUCGAAGAACGGCUGCUGUUGUUUGUGCUUCGUCCUCGAAGGGCGGAUUUGCUGUCAUGGCUCGAGGUGAUCGGCGUUGUGGUCAAGGUUCGAGGAUGAUGCUUUGUUGUCGUCGUUGGAGAAGAUCGGCGCCGCCUAUCCGUUUACUCUGGUUGCAUGGGGCAGAGAUGAGUUUGGUUAUGCAGGGACGGAGGAUUGAUGCAUGGCCUUUGGCAGCCAAAGGUCACGGAGUAUCAAUUAGCAUGGUACCGGUGGUAAGACCUCCUGAACCACCAUCAUGGGAUGUACGAGGUGCUAGAGUUCGUGAACGUUUUUCUUGUAGUUUUUAUCUGUUUGUUGUUUGUUUUCUUGUGUCCACUUUUGUUGUUGGUUUUGACAAUUUGUUUGAGUUUUUUGCCUCUCUUUAUGUCAUUGGGUAUGGUUGGAUCUGUGGGAAUAGCUUUGGCUGUGUCAAGCCCACUACAUGGUUAGCGAUUCGUGUUGCUCUCUCAGGGGUGACCGUCUCAAAGUCUCACCAUAGGGUUACAGUCGUAGUUGUUGAAGUUUCAGUUGGUGUCAGUUUUAUUUUCCUUUUGCUUGAUGUAAUGAUCCUGAAUCUUUUGAUAUGAAUAGCGGCCCAUUUGAUGAUAAAAAAAAACGAAAAUUAUUUGUCCUGC